AUGGCCUUCCAAGCCAGCCUACCCGCCCUUCCCCUCCGCGAAGCCAUCGUGGACGCCGUCAACCGGGCCGUCCUCUCCUUCGACGCCAACGAUCUCUCCCUCUUUGAAUCCGCCUUCUUCGAAGACGCCAUCUUUGACUUCAACGGCACUGUCAUGACGGGCCGCACCGCCAUCCGCGAAGGUUGCUACGACAACGUCUCCAAGCUCGACACCACCCACUUCCUGAGCAACGUGCGCAUCAACCUGCCCUCCGAGAGCAGCCCGACGGCAACGGUGACUGCCUCGGCGCUGGCCCAGCACUUCCGGACGGGUCAAGGGAACCAGCCCGAUACCACCCGGUUGACCAGUGGAAGUCUGUACUUUGUUGAUGUCUCGCAGGAUGAUGCCAGUGGGUUAUGGAAGAUUAAGAAGUGGACGAUGAAACUAGUGUGGACCGAGGGGGAUUGGGGAGUCAUGACUGGGAACUGA